AAAUGCUCAAAAUUAUCAUUUUGAUAGUGGCACUUUCGCUCUAUUCAGCACAUGCCCUCAAGUUUAGACAACCUUCAGAUACACCUCCAAUGACAGGUGGCCCUGGUUCAAACACAACCACAUUUGACCCAUCAGCAGCCCCACAAGAUCCUUCCUCCACAGGACCCGCUCCUUCCUCAACAGGGCCCGCUCCUUCCUCCACAGGACCCGAUCCUUCCUCCAAUUACACAGACUCAAGCUCGGGACCUCCUAUGGAUUGUGACCCAACCACUGAUCCUAAUUGCACUUCAACUCAGGUUUGCCAAGAUUCUGAAUAUGAAUACGAUAAUGGAAACGGAAUGUGCUAUGCUUUCAGCUCUUGGUGCCAAGAUGGCUCAUAUGAAAGCACUACUUGUGACGACGGAAGUUAUAUAAUGAGAAAUUGUUUUGAUGCUCCUGAUGGAUCAGCCAGUUCAUGUGACGAAGAAAAUCAUUGGUCUGAUGAAUUCUCUCAAUUCUGCCAAACCGGCAAUUCUUAUGAAGAUGGCUUGAGUUCUUACCACCAUGAUUGCACAGAUUCUAACGGAGGAAGCAACAGCCACUCAGGAGAAUGUCAAGAUACUUAUGGUGAGAACGGUGAACAUCACUCUGAGUGCUUAAGAGCAAGCAGUGGUGAGCAUAUUGACCAUGAAGGUAAUGCUCAUUAUUGGGAAGAGAAUUGCCACUCAGUAUCUGAGAAUUAUGGAGAAUCCUUUGAAGAACACUGCGAAGAUCAUGAAGGAGGAUCUAGGUCAUAUACUUCUACUUAUGAUUAUGAAAAUCAGGUUAGUGAAACUGUCGAAUGUAACCAUCAAGAAGACUACGAAUGCUGCAGGACUUGUACUAGCGGACUAGACUCUGAAGGAACUUGGUUCUCAGACUGUGAGGAAAGUGAUGGUUGUAGUGCUGAUCAUCAUGAAGAUCCUCAUGCUCGCUUUGAAGAGAACUUAGAAGAAGCCGUUAAGUUUGUUGAAGCUUGUGGAUGUCCGACCACUGGAGCUGCUCAUCCAUUCCCUAUUGAUGAGAAUGGAAUGAUUGAUAUUGAAGGAGGAGUAGCUCAUUGUCCAUCUGUAUGAUGGGUUUAUGAAAGCUUGUUGAUUCCACUCCAAGAACAAGGAUUCCUCGAAACAUUUGGAUUCUAGAUAAAUGAACAGAUAAUCCAAAGUCAAAAGUGGAGCUCGUAAAAAUACUGAGCUCAUUGUGAUAAUUGGUCUAAAAAUAACAAAAAUAUGUAUAUUAUACUUUGAAUUC